GUUGGGGUCACCAGGCAGCUGGAUCUAGGACUCCAGCUCCUCUGACUGAACUACGAAGGGUUAAGGACCUUCGCCCCCUCCUCCCGCCUCCUCCUGUCUCCUCCCCCUGGCUCUUCCUGUCCCGAAGUUGCAACACCCCAUCUGCCACUCUCCCUUCCCUCCCACCUACACUCUCCUCUGCUUUAGUUUUCUCCUACUUCUCAGGACUCGGGCUCGGGCUCUGGCCUUCGGGGUGUGAGGUCCCUAGGACCAGGCAGUGACCUUCACUCUAGCCCCUCCCCCGCGUCGGCUCAGCUCCCCUCUCCGGGGCGCGGGCUCUUCUAGAGACCUACCGGCCCGUGCAUCCCGAACUCCGUCGCUGACGCCGCCGCCACUGCCUGAGCCCUGAUGGGGGAGUGAGAAGCCAACACUGGCCGGACAUGGGCCUCCCCACCGUGCCUGGCCUGCUGCCGCCUCUGGUGCUCCUGGCUUUGUUGGUGGAAAUAUACCCUUUAGGGGUUGUUGGACUGGUCCCUCACCCCAGGGACCGGGAGAAGAGAGCUAUUCUGUGUCCCCACGGAAAAUAUAUUCACCCUCAAAAUAAUUCCAUUUGCUGUACGAAGUGCCACAAAGGGACCUACCUGUACAAUGACUGUGCGGCCCCCGGGCUGGACACGGACUGCAGAGUAUGUGAAAAUGGCACAUUUACUGCUUCAGAGAACUACCUCAGACAGUGCCUUAGCUGCUCCAAAUGCCGAAAAGAAAUGUACCAGGUGGAGAUUUCUCCUUGCACAGUGUACCGGGACACUGUGUGUGGCUGCAGGAAGAACCAGUACCGGAAUUACUGGAGUGAAACCCAUUUCCAGUGCCUCAACUGCAGCCUCUGCCUCAACGGCACAGUGCAGAUCCCCUGCCAGGAGAGACAGGACACUGUAUGCACAUGCCACGUGGGCUUCUUUCUAAGAAGGAAUGAAUGCGUCUCUUGUGUUCACUGUAAGAAAAACACAGAGUGCACGAAGUUGUGCGCACCCAUCGUACCCAUCGUGGAAACUGUUAAGAACCCUCAGGACUUAGGCACCACAGUGCUGCUGCCUCUGGUGAUCUUCUUCGGUAUUUGUGUUUUAUCGUUCUUCAUUGGUUUAACGUGCCGAUACCAACGGCGAAAGCCCAGGCUCUUCUCCAUUGUUUGUGGGAAAGCAACACCUACAAAAGAGGGAGAGCCUCAGCCCCUGGCCACAGCUCCGGGCUUCAGUCCCAUCCCCAGCUCCAACUCCAUCCCCAGUUCCACUUUCACCACCAGCUCCACCUUCACCACCAGCUCCACCCCUAGCUCCUUCACUCCUUGUGAGUGGUCUAACUUCAGGGCUCCGCCCUACCAGGGGGCUGGCCCCAACCUCACCGCGGCUCCAGCCUCCGUCCCCAGCCCCGCCCCAGUUCAGAAGUGGGAGGACAGCACCCAGUCUCAUCAACGCCCAGAAGCGGCGGAUCCAGCCGACCCUGCGACGCUGUACGCGGUGGUGGAUGGCGUGCCCCCGACGCGCUGGAAGGAGUUCGUGCGGCGGCUGGGGCUGAGCGAGCACGAGAUCGAGCGCCUGGAGCUGCAGAACGGGCGCUGCCUGCGCGAGGCGCACUACAGCAUGCUGGAGGCCUGGCGGCGGCGCACGCCCCGACGCGAGGCCACGCUGGAGCUGCUGGGCCGCGUGCUCCGCGACAUGAACCUGCUCGGCUGCCUGGAGGAAAUCGAGGAGGUGCUGUGCGCCCCUGCCUCCCUCUCACCCGCACCUCGCCUCCUCCGGUGAGGCCCCGGGAGCGGCCUGCUCUGAGGACCUCUGCCUUCCAGCGGGGCGGCCCAGAAGGACCGUGCGGAAUGCCCUCUGGGUCCCCUCUUUCUGGACAAGGGACUUGGAGGGGCAGGCAUGAACUGGCAGCCACCUACUUGGUGCUACUCCCUCAGUGUACAGAUUUUCUCCGUUUUCGGAGCACUGCUGGAGGGUCAGCCUUGUGUGUGUGUGUGACAGACGUGUGCGUGUGUGGUUAUGAGAGAGGCUGAGUGUUUCAGGAACCCAAGCCUGUGGUUAUAGAGAUUAGGGGGCACCAUGCCCCAUCACCCACUUUGGGUUUGGAAAACCCAGCAAGGGAGCUUAGGGGCCUCGGGUUGGUCUCUGGGCCAUUGUCACAGUAGAUAAACAAUCUUUUUUUUUUUUUUUUUUUUAAUCAUUUAUGUUACACUAAUAAAAACUGGGCACCCCUCUGUCCCCUGCCUGGACAAGCAGAGAAUGAGCUGACCUGUCUGAAGGCAGGGGCAGGCACAGAACAAUGGGGUGGCCAGCUGGAGCUGUGGACUUUUGUAAAUACACUAAAACUCUGGAAUUAAAGCUCUGCUCCUGGA